CGUCCUGUCGCAAUUUCCUGUUGUGUUGGUCUUCUUUCAAACCAGGAAGAUGGCUUCACUGUCGAGCAAAUGGACUGUUAUUUUUCUGCUUUCUAUCUGUUUUAUCGGUGUUGGCUGUACUGCAGUAGAGAAGAAGAUUUACGUGCACCUUAACUACACCGUCCCGUGUGUGCGGCUCCUCAACGCCACGCAUCAGAUUGGUUGCCAGUCCUCAUUGUCCGGGGAUGUCGGGGUGCUCCAUGUCUUGGAGUCGGAGGAAAACUUGGAUUUUGUGCUGCGGACAGGUCUCAAUCCUCCUUACAUGGUUAUCCUGGAACACCAGCUCUUCACCAGGUCCAUCAUGAUGAGGCUAAACAAUGGCUCCAAUAGGGUGGCGGGCGUCGCUGUUGUGGCGCCAAACACGAACCCAGCAGAGGGCUUCUCUCCGCACAACACGUGUCCCAAUGAAAACACGGGCGUGUAUUCGGAAAGCUACGGCCCGGCUUUGGCUCACUGUAGCGCCAUGGUGUGGAAUCCUCUGGGCAACGGCCUGUCCUAUGAGGAGUUUGACUUCCCCAUCUUCUCCAUGAAGGAUGACAAUGAGACGCGCCUCAUCCGACAGUGCUACCUCGAUCAUAACCGCGUGGUGAACGGCACCGCCCCCAAGUACCCGCUGUGUGCCAUGCAGCUCUUCUCGCACAUGUCGGCCGUCACCAACACCGCCACCUGCAUGAGAAGGAAUGACAUCAACUUCAGCAUCACACCAGAGAAAGUUUGUGACCCACUGGGCGACUUCAACGUUUGGGCCACCACCAAAGCGCUCAACAAUACGGCCAAAGGACACAAGAUGUCAGAGAGCAUCGUUAUCGCAGCCGCUCGGCUGGACAGCCGAUCGUUCUUCUUCGACGUUACUCCCGGAGCACAGAGCGCCGCCUCGGGCUUCGUCACCUUGCUGGCGGCUGCGCACGCUUUGCGCAACAUCACCCAAGAGGUGCCGCCCAACCGCACCAUCCUCUACGCCUUCUUCCAGGGGGAAACCUUUGAUUACAUCGGCAGUUCCAGGAUGGUGUACGACAUGGUGAACAAGCAAUUUGCGGUGGACUUGGAGAACGUUCACUCUGUGCUGGAGGUCGGACAGGUGGGCCUGCGUGCCGAAUCCCGACUGUGGGUCCACUCUGAUCCCGUCUCACGCAGGAACACCAGCGUAGACGAGGAGGUGAAGACGCUGGUGGAGAACAUCCAGUCGGCCGUGACGGCUUCAAACGUCUCGGCGAGCGAGCCCAACGCGUCGCAGCCGCUGCCACCCUCGUCCUUCCAGCGAUUCUUGCGACUGCGGCCCAUCCCCGGCGUGGUCAUAGUGGACCACGAGUUGUCUUUCAGCAACAGGUUCUAUGAGAGCAUGUACGAUAACGCCGAAUACCUACGCGUGUCAUACCCCCAGAACAUGACCCAAGAGGAGCAGCUGCAAUUUGUCACAGACACGGCCAAGGCUCUGGCCGAGGUGGCCACCGUGGUCGCCCGCGCUUUGUUCAAGCAGGCGGGAGGAGAUCAGUCACAACUGAGCAGAAUCAACGCUGAUGCCCAAAUAGUGUCUCAAAUGCUUUACUCAUUCCUCAUCCAGUCAAAUAACAGCUGGCUGCAGCAGAUAGUUCCCGCUGACUUAGCAGGCCACCUGAAGGACACGGCCACAAACUUCUACGUGGGGGUGUUGCAGCAAGCCAGUGAGCCCACGUACCUGGUGCAGCACCUGCUGGCCAACCUGACUGGCAGCGUGGUCAACAUCACGCAGCAGAACUGCCAAAGCCAGCGGAUGGAAGAGCGCGAUACCGAGAGCAAACAUAUGUACACGUACAUGUGGGUUCAAGGCGCAAUGUUGCCCAACGCCACCAAGAGGGAUGGCUACUGUGUCCGCUCUACGGUGCACCUCUCCACGGCGCUGUCGCCCGCCUUGGACCCCAACGCACAGGUGGAGUACACCUCCACGGAGUACUCCACCUGGACAGAGUCCCGCUGGAAGACAAUCAAGGGUCGUGUUUUCCUGGUGGCCAGUCCCGAGCUGGAGAUGGUGACUCUGGGUGUGGGCGUGGGUGUGCUGAUCACCUCCCUCCUGCUCACCUAUGUGCUCAGCUCCAAGGCGGACAUCCUAUUCAGCUCGCAGAGGGAGCCCACUAAUGCCACUUACUGACCUCAAGUACCACAAUUACAACUAGUACUACUGCUACUACUACGUUUACCUGCCAUGCUGCUUGGGUCCAAAAUAGACAAGCGGCUAAAUGCCCCUUUUGAAGGUUGUUUUAGACCUCAAAAUGGCGGCAGGGGAUCCCAAAAAGCGUCUGGGCAGGUACCAGCAGAAGGCCUCAGAGAUGAUGUUCAUAUUUCUUUUAAAUUAACGUCCGUGCUUUUAUUUUGGUUUGUAAGAGCGAUGAAGUGUGUUCCAUUGUUGAUUGUGCAUACACGAGCAAUGAUGUGUGUGCUUGCAAGCGAUUGUCGUGUGCAAUACUGUAAUCUUUGUUGUAAAUAAGUGUAAUUAUGACCAAUGUUAAGAAACCACUUUUCUUUUGAGUCACAAUGAACAAAAAUGUGGCAUUGUAGAUAUAAAGUUGGCACCUACGCGUAUUCUAGAAUGAUGAGUUUUGCACUGCUUAUUUUCAUUUGGGUUGGACUGGUUCUUUGGUUGUACAUUCAUAAUUUCACAAUCGGUAACGUCAGCGGCAGGAAUCUUUGACCUGCUGUGAUGAGAAAAUAAAUACUGCUUUUACAUUUUGUAGUUUCUUUAAUGCAUAAAGUACUCGAACAAAA